AUGCGUCAAAUUUACACCAAUAAAAAGCAAAAGGGCCCCAAACAAGCAUUUCAACCUAUUUUUACUAAUGCAAGUUCUCUCCUUUCCCAAAAAGUUUCCGAGGCUUUGAUUUCUACUUUACCAGUUGAUUCUAUUCCUCAAAGUAUUUCAAAUACCAUUUCCUCACAACAAGCACCAUCUGAAAUUUAUGAGAAACUUAAUUUUUAUCGUCAAAAAGCUAUUGUUGCAAAUACUGAAAAAUCAACUCGAAAUUGGGUUUCUAAAUUUGAAGAAUUUCGCAAGAAUUAUAAUUAUAUUAUGCCACUUGAUUACGAAUUCCGAAUUAAAAGUCUUCGCUUUUUUGCAUAA